AUGGCUACACAGGAUGUAGAAGUUCAGAUGACAAAAUCGGAAACAGAAACAUCAGUGGUGUCAACAUGUGAAACCGAAAUACUACCGAAAAGAAAAAGUACAAUAGCAAUAAGGACACCAUCGCCUUGCAAUUCAUUCGCUUCGUUAAAACCACCAGGGCGAUCGCCCCGACCAUCGAUGAACUGGGGAACAUUUGGGGACCAAGAUGAAUAUUUUUCUAAGGACACUACAAAAAGUUCCACUGAUAGUGACACAAGUGAUCUCGACUCAGAUGACGACCAAGAAGAUGUCGAUAUUCCCAGAUUCAGGAAAAAAAGUUCAUGGAUUCCUAAACCCAGUAAAUGUGCUACUUUAGAACAUAUUAUUGACAAAAUUAAAUCCGACGUAACACAUCUGUCCACUGCUACUUCCCAAACAUUCAACAAUUUAUCUUCUGAAGAAAACGAAGCUGUGCGGUUACUUAAAAAUAGAGACGACAUUAUAAUAAAACCAGCAGAUAAAGGGAGCGCUGUUGUCGUCAUGGACAGAUGUGACUACAUUCAAGAGGCAGAACGUCAACUCUCUGAUGAGAGAUUUUAUAAGAAAUUAGACUCUGACCCCACCCCUCAAUUUAACAAAGAUAUUACCACAAACUUGAAAAACAUGUGUGAACAGGGACAUAUUGAUGAAAACACAUUUAAAUAUCUAAAACCUGAAAAAUCAAAGCCGGGGCGUUUCUAUCUUCUGCCCAAAAUACAUAAAGUCAAUAAUCCAGGUAGACCAAUUGUUUCCGCCAAUGACCACCCUACAGAAAAAAUAUCAGAAUUUAUUGACUUUCAUCUCAGACCACAUGUAGAAAAUUUACCAUCAUAUAUACAAGACACAACACAUUAUAUUAAAAAAAUGGAAUCUUUGAACCCUCUCCCACCUGAAACGAUCCUUGUCUCGCUUGAUUUUACCUCCCUCUUUACGAACAUCCCCCAUGACGAUGGUAUUGAAGCCUGUAGGGAAGUCUGGAACUCUCGUAACACCUUACAUCCACCAACUGAAUGUCUCAUCCAGCUCCUCACUUUGGUAUUGAAAUGCAAUAACUUUACAUUCAAUGGUGAACACUUUCUCCAAGUUAAUGGAACAGCAAUGGGAACAAAGAUGGCCCCGUCUUAUGCCAAUAUUUUUAUGGGGAAAUUAGAACAGAGAAUUCUGAAUUCUUUUCUUUAUCAACCCCUCUCUUGGUUCCGAUUUAUUGACGAUAUUGAAAUGAAGUGGGAUAAUACUGAACAAGAACUAAAUUUGUUUAUUCAACAUGCCAACGAUGCCCAUCCCUCAAUAAAAUUCAUAUAUGAAAUAUCUGACUCUAAGAUCACAUUUCUUGACACUACAACGCAAUUGAGGGAUGGAAACAUAUUUACAGAUUUGUAUUGCAAGCCCACAGACAAACAUCAAUAUCUGUCUCCUUUAAGUUGUCAUCCUAAACAUUGCACCAAGAGCAUUCCCUACAGCCAGGCCAUACGCAUAAACAGAAUUUGCUCCACCAACGAUGUUGCCAAAAAACGACUACAAGAACUUCGCGGUCACCUAAAACAUCGGGGCUACAAAAGGAAAGACAUUGAUAAAGGUUUUUCUCGUGCUAGCAACAUCAGCCGAGAUGAACUUUUACAAUAUAAAGUCAAAAAGUGUAAAUGUGGUAAACAGUAUGUUGGCGAUUCAGAACAGCCGUUUCACAAACGAAUGAACGGUCAUCGUAGCGACUACCAAUGCAAACCAGACCUCCCUCUUAGUCGACAUUUGAGAUCCCCUGGCCACACUAAGGCAGAUCUCAAUCGAUUGACCAUUACUAUCAUUGACCACAUCUCUGCUUGGUCUAGGGAGGAUAGACUUACUCGGGAAAGAUUCUGGAUAAGAAAAUAA